AUGAAGCAAAUGCAGAAGCACGCAAAGCAGCUUAAAUCAUUACGAGGCGUUUUCAAAGAAAUUGACAACGACCAGUCCAAUUUGGUCAGCCUUCAAGAGCUCAAGGAUGCCCUCAAAGAAAAGAAGCUUGCCAGCUUCCUUGAGUCCAUGGACAUUUCCACCCAGGACAUCUGGACAUUGUUCACGGUCAUGGAUUCCGAUGGCAGCGGCGAUGUCACCUUAGAAGAGUUUGUGACGGGCUGCAUGCAGCUGCAGGGCCCUGCUCAAAGCAUCCAGCUGGCGCGUAUGAGACAUGAGCAUCUGAGAACCCGCGGG